AUUUUAACCAGGGACUAAUUUAGGGGAUUACCUUUGCCUUUACUUCUGCCUUUAUAUCUAUGAUUUUAACUGAAAUCAGUGGAAAUCUGUUUCUGCUUAAUGAUUAACCAUGGGCAAAACUAACAAAGGUACCUAAAAAAUUUAUAAUUCAUUUGAUUGUAAACAAAAUUACAAUCAGUUAUUCAUUUGGCGUAUGUUUCGAAUUAUUACGAAAUAAUAUAUGAACCGGAAUCUUAAAAUCAUUCACUGCAUCUAAUAAAGUUUAGUAAUUCUAUUUCUGUGUAUGAGUUAAUGAUUAACCAUGGGAAAAACUAAUAAAGAUUGGAAGAAAGGGAAGAAAAAGUUUUACAAAAAAGGCUUUGAUGACGAUUAUGCUGAAGAAGAAACUGAAGCUGAUGUCAUACCUGCGGCUGCUAGUCAACAGAUUACUUCAGAAACACCAGAAGAUGAAUUUGGUGCCAAGGAUUACAGAAAAAUUAUGGAACUACGAAUGGACCAUGCUUCUCGUCCUUUAUGGGUGGCACCUGAUGGCCAUAUUUUUCUUGAAGCAUUUUCACCAGUGUACAAGCAUGCUCACGAUUUCCUAAUUGCUAUAUCAGAGCCUGUUUGUCGUCCUGAACAUAUUCAUGAAUACCGUCUCACUGCAUAUUCUUUAUAUGCUGCUGUGUCUGUUGGUUUACAAACAAAUGACAUUAUUGAAUAUUUAAGAAGACUUAGUAAAACCAGCAUACCUGAUGGCAUUGUAGAAUUUAUAAAGCUUUGUACUGUUAGUUAUGGAAAGAUAAAACUGUUAUUGAAGCAUAAUAGAUAUUUUAUAGAAAGCCAAUUUCCUGAAGUUUUGCAAAAGCUACUCAAGGAUCAUGUUAUCCAGGAGUGUCGAUUGAAGCGAGAUGAAAAUGAUGAUAGCGCAAUUACAAACGUUGAUGGAGUAGCCAAAACUGGACAAGGGUCAAAUGGAACUAAUGGGGCUAUUCCUGGUAAAAGCACAGAUGCCACUAUUGAAAAAAAUGAGAGUGUUCCUGAUGAUAUAUUUAAUUUCUAUGAAAAGCUUGAGCGUGAAGAGGAAGAUAAGGAAGAUUUCCAAACAGUUUCUGUAGAAAUUAAUCAAGAAAAAAUUGAAAUCCUUCAAAAACGGUGUAUUGAGCUUGAAUAUCCUUUGCUGGCAGAAUAUGACUUCAAAAAUGAUUCUGUUAAUCCUGAUAUCAAUAUGGAUUUGAGACCCAUGGCUAUAUUAAGACCUUACCAAGAGAAAAGUUUAAGAAAAAUGUUUGGAAAUGGUCGUGCAAGAUCUGGAAUUAUUGUGUUACCUUGUGGUGCCGGAAAAUCUUUAGUUGGUGUCACUGCUUGCUGCACUGUCAGAAAAAGAUGUCUUGUACUCUGCAAUUCUGGUGUGUCAGUAGAACAAUGGAAAACUCAAUUUAAAAUGUGGUCCACAGCUGAUGAUAGUAUGAUUUGUCGUUUUACAUCUGAUGCAAAAGAUAAGCCGAUGGGAUGUGGUAUUUGCGUUACAACAUAUUCUAUGAUUACACAUACUCAAAAAAGAUCUUGGGAGGCAGAACAGGUGAUGAAUUGGCUUAAAGAACAAGAAUGGGGUUUAAUGCUUUUAGAUGAGGUGCACACUAUACCUGCAAAAAUGUUCAGAAGAGUUCUGACUAUUGUUCAAGCGCAUUGCAAACUUGGACUGACUGCUACACUAGUUAGGGAAGAUGACAAAAUUCAAGAUUUAAAUUUUUUGAUUGGUCCUAAGUUGUAUGAGGCUAACUGGCUUGAAUUACAAAAUAAUGGUUAUAUUGCCAAAGUUCAAUGUGCUGAGGUAUGGUGUCCAAUGUCUCCAGAGUUUUAUAGGGAAUAUUUGAUUGCUAAGGCAGCUAAAAAAUUACUCCUCUUUGUAAUGAAUCCAAAUAAAUUUAGAUCUUGCCAGUUCCUUAUUAGGUAUCAUGAAAUAAGAAGUGAUAAAGUUAUUGUAUUCUCUGAUAAUGUGUUUGCCCUGAAGCAUUAUGCUAUAAAAAUGAACAGACCUUAUAUUUAUGGGCCAACAUCUCAAGCCGAGAGAAUGCAAAUUCUACAAAACUUCAAGUACAAUCCUAAAGUGAACACAAUCUUUGUAUCUAAAGUAGCUGAUACAUCUUUUGAUUUACCAGAAGCUAAUGUUCUUAUCCAAAUAUCAAGUCAUGGUGGUUCCAGGAGGCAAGAAGCUCAGAGAUUGGGAAGAAUUUUGAGAGCAAAAAAAGGUGCUUAUGCUGAAGAAUACAAUGCCUUUUUCUACACCUUAGUAUCCCAAGAUACUAUGGAAAUGCAUUAUUCUAGGAAGCGACAGAGAUUUUUGGUGAAUCAAGGCUAUAGCUACAAAGUUAUCACUAAAUUAAUGGGAAUGGAUGAGCAAGAAGAAUUAGCUUAUAAAACAAGAGAAGAACAAACUCAGCUUUUACAGCAGGUAUUAGCUGCCAAUGAUGCUGAUGCUGAAGAUGAAAAAGUUCCUUCUGAAUUUUUAGGUGGCAAAGCAUCUCAACAGGUUUCUCGUCGUGUUGGUAGUAUGAGUUCAUUGUCUGGUGCUGAUGAUGCUGUUUACAUGGAAUAUAAACUUAGAAGAGAAGGCAGCAAACAUCCUCUUUUCAAAAGAUUCAGAAAAUGAUGUUAAAAUAUUUUUGUACAGAUUAAUUUUGUAAAUAAAAUGUUUUAUAUUUA